AUGAACAGAGAAAGAAGAAAAACGGAAAAUCAGAGGAGGGAUGGAGACAGAGGACAGUGGACAAAUAAAACUGAAUAUAUUCUGGUUGUUGCAGGAAACGUAGUCGGUUUGGGUAAUGUGUGGAGAUUUCCUUACCUCUGCUACAAGAACGGUGGAGGUGCUUUUCUGGUGCCAUACGGUCUGUUAGCUGUGGUGUGUGGGAUCCCUCUGUUCCUGCUGGAGAGCUCAGUUGGUCAGUGCACCCAGGAAGGAUUCAUCACGUCUUGGAGGAAAAUGUGUCCACUGGCACAAGGAAUUUGAUUUAGACAACUGGUGAUUUCACUAUGUUUCUUCAUCUACAUUUUAAUUGAAGCCUGGGCUCUCUUCUACCUGGUGUUCUCGUUCAGAUCCCAGAUCCCCUGGGCCAGCUGUGAGAACACCUGGAACACAGCUCACUGUGUCGGUCUUCAGACUUUCAAUUCAUCUCAUGUGACAGCAAAUCACAUCACCUCUGCUGCCAUUGAGUUCUGGGAACGACGUGUGCUGGCCAUGUCUGGAGGCAUUGAGGAGCUGGGCAGUGUGAGAUGGGAGCUGGCCUUGUGUCUUCUGGCCUGUUGGGUGUUCUGUUACUUCAGUAUCUGGAAAGGUGUCACAUCCUCUGGAAAGGUGGCAUAUUUCACUGCCACGUUCCCCUAUGUGAUGCUCAUGGUCCUCCUCAUCAGGGGCCUGACUCUACCUGGAGCUUGGCAAGGGAUUUACUAUUACCUGUAUCCAGAUUUGAACCGUUUGGCUAACGUUAAGGUGUGGAUAGAGGCAGGAUCUCAAAUAUUCUUCUCCUAUAGCCUGACAGCAGGGACGCUGAAUUUUCUGGGCAGCUACAAGGACUAUAACAACAACUGUUACAAAGACUGCUUUUGGCUCUGUUUACUGAACAGUGGGACCAGUUUUGUUGCUGGAUUUGUCGUCUUCUCAGUGCUUGGAUUCAUGGCUCAGAAACAGGGUGUUACUGUCGACACUGUGGUUGAAUCAGGUCCAGGUUUGGCCUUCAUUGCUUAUCCUCAGGCAACAGCUAUGAUGCCUUUACCACAGUUCUGGACUGUCUGCUUCUUCCUGAUGCUCAUUCUGCUGACUGUUGACACACAUUUUGUGAUCGUGGAGAGUUUUAUUACCACGGUGACCGACUUGUUUCCAAAGAUGCUUCGUGCACCAGUGAGGCAUGAGAUCUUCGUUCUCCUCAUCUGUUUAUUCAGCUUCCUCAUACAACUGACCCUGGUUACUGAAGGAGGUAUAUACGUAUUCCAACUUAUUGAUUUCUAUGGCUCGACCAGAGUCUGUCAGAAUUUCAUGGCUAUAUCUCAGUGCAUGGCUGUGGGCUGGAUAUUUGGUGCUGAUCGCUUUUUUAACAUCAUUAAGGACAUGACAGGACAGAGACCGUCUGUUUUCUUUAAACUUUGCUGGAAAUACAUCAUUCCUCUGCUGUCAUUGAUUUCCUUCAUCUUGUAUCUGGUUGAUUACAAACACCUCAGGGUUCACAACUGGUACACUUACCCUGACUGGGCUUAUGCACUGGGAUGGACCAUGACUCUCUCCUCUGUUCUCAUGGUGCCACUGUGGGCAGCUGGACAGAUGUGUUUGACACCAGGAACCUUCAGACAGCGUUUGUCCGUCCUCUGUCGUCCUGCUGGAGAUCCAGCUUGGCAGAGGAGAAAACUGGGAGAGGAGGGGACAAGUGUGGAACUGAGGACAUCUGCCAUGAAAGCUUAG